UUCUGCCAGAGCAGAAUUUUCGCAUACGUUUCUCUAUCGGAUGAAUUCAAGAAUCGAGUCCCUGGUCUGCUAGAGCCAUUACCGGAUAUGUCGCCAUAGAAUUUUCAUACCCUAUAUACACAUAAGAAUUGACAGUAAAUUAUUAUUAUUACAUAAGACAAUGUUUUUAUGAGUAGCAUGCCAAGUAGCGCACUUGUAUAUUUUGAUCAUUCAAAAUUUUAUGUUGAAUGGCGUUGGCUUUUUCACGAGCGUCUCAAAAAAAUGUCCUUGGUCACCAACGAUCAUUAAUGUCUCCCCACCGUUGUAGAUUAAUUUUAAUCUCGGUUUAAUUAACUCGUCUUCAUCUCUUCGUUUCCUCUCGUCUCUUUUGCCGCGAAUUAAACCGAGAUUGAAGUCGAUCUACAUUGAUAAAAACGGAUACAAUAGGCGUCGCCGGUUUACGACCACCAUGAACCCCGUCCAUGGUUCAGUCAACAUGUCGGCCGCUCGCACGUGCUGCCCGCCAGUCGGAACUGUCGGAAGAGCCGACGCCUGCGGUGCGACCCGCAUGUACCGAUCUGAGGAUGCGCGAUCAAUAACGUGAUGCAACGCGUUCCCGAAAUGUCGUGUAGAUGUCGUAAUGAAAAGGGUUAGUCGCACCACGACUGCAUUAUGCGGUGCUGUGCGGUGCGGGUGCUGCAACAGUGCGAUCACGGGCGCCGGAAGCAUGAGGGUUGAUUGAGGGCGAGCGUACGCACCGGAGGGGGCUGACACGCGGCGGACGGAUACCUUCCUGGGCGACAUCCCGCAGCGGGUAACGAUUUCGGAAAGGUUUCACUUUCGCCAUCAACAUGCUGGCGCAAGUGUUCGAGAAAUACGGCCGGUUCUGCGCCGGUCAUCCCUUGGAGGUAAUCGUGACGGUCCUCACUUUGACGGCGUGUACGUUUAACAUGGAAACCGGAAGUGGACAGGCACGUAAAGAGGACUUGCCCGAUGAGACGUACUGUCGUCACAACAAAUGCGAUAGUAUGGACCUGAAAGCGGCUGACAUUAUAGUGAUGACGAUAAUACGCUGCCUGGCGGUUUUAUUCACUUAUCAUCAAUUCCGCACUUUGCAAAAAAUGGGAUCGAAAUAUAUUUUAGGUAUCGCCGGGUUGUUUACCGUCCUCUCCAGCGUGAUGUUCACCUCCAGCGUGGUGAAUUUCGGCCGCGGCGAUGUCGCGGACUUCAAGGACGCUUUAUUUUUCUUUUUGCUUCUUAUCGACCUGUCAAAGGCCGCAACGUUAGCGCAGCACGCACUGAGUUCGCGGAAUCAAGAAGAGGUCAAAGCAAACAUCGCGCGCGGUAUGUCUCUGCUGGGACCGGCCUUGACUCUGGACACUCUCGUGGAGACGCUACUGAUCGGCAUUGGAUCGUUAUCGGGCAUCAGAAGACUGGAGGUCCUCUGCACCUUUGCGUGUUUCGGGGCGAUCGUCAACUACAUCGUCUUCAUGACGUUCUAUCCGGCCUGCUUGUCGCUCAUACUCGAGCUUUCUCGCGGAAGUAAUAAUAUGGGCCAACUCAGGGCAGACAAAAUCUUUAUAAUGCAGCCAUUAAACGAGGAGGAUCAAAAACCGAAUCCUGUGGUGGAGCGAGUCAAGUUGAUCAUGAUCGCUGGUCUAUUCGUGGUACAUGCCAACAGCCGCUGGCCCUUUAAGAGCGAGGAAGGCGAGUACACGGCGAGAACGACAACGACAUCCACGAGCCCGGACGCGAUAAACGGUUCUGAUCACAUCGAGAACUCCGAGUUAAAGGAACACCUGAUGACUUGGCUAUCAGCCAGCACGGACAAUAUUGUGAUAUUGAUACUACUGUUAGCGCUGGCGGUAAAAUUAAUUUUCUUCGAGGAUAGAAACGACGUGAUAGUCACCAGACGGCUGAGAUUUAAGGAGGAAGAGGAGGAAGGGAAGGAGGAGAAAGAGGCGGAGGAGGAGGAGAGAACGAAAGCGGUGGAGGCGACAGUGGAGGAGAAAGUGGAACUUCUCGAUGGUCCAACCAAUCUGGACGAUAUGGAUACCACGAUGAAUGUGUGGUUACGGGAACGUUUUGGUGUAACGUUACCAACGAUCCAAGAGCCGGUUUUUCCUCUGUCUGGCGUGGGUGGUGGAUGGGGUGAUGAGAACGAUGUGGAGUGCAUCGACAAGGAGGUGCAGACCGACGCGAUAUAUUUUGAUGCGAACAAUUCUGGUGAAAUUAACUCGGCGUCGGAAAAGCCUGAACAAACCAGGAGCGUGGAAGACUGUCUCGAGAUAUACAAGUCAGAGCUUGGAGCCAAUGCCUUGACGAAUGAAGAGGUGAUACAAUUGGUGGAACACAAGGACAUAGCUGCGUACCAAUUGGAAAAAGCGGUGGGCGACAUGGAGCGCGGUGUCGAUAUUAGGCGUCAUGUUGUGGGUGCCGCUGGCAGGUUCACCGAGAAGAUGACUGAUUUACCCUAUAGGAACUACGAUUACACCAAAGUAUUUGGCUCCUGCUGCGAGAACGUGAUCGGUUACGUACCGAUACCGGUUGGCAUCGUUGGGCCAUUGCUGGUCGAUGGCGAGCUGCACCACGUACCGAUGGCGACGACGGAGGGCUGCUUGGUAGCGUCCACCAAUCGCGGCAGCCGCGCGCUCCUCAAGUGCGGCGUGACCACCCGCGUAACAGCAGAUGGGAUGACCCGAGCGCCCGUAGUGCAAUUCCCGGACAUUGUGCGCGCGUGCGAGGCCAUGUCGUGGCUCGAACAAUCGCAGAAUUUUCAAGAGCUGAAGAACAGCUUUGACGAAACUAGUCGCUUCGCCCGCUUGAUAAGGAUCCAUCCGCGCAUAGCCGGCCGAGACCUGCAUCUGCGCUUUGUCGCCACGACCGGUGACGCCAUGGGCAUGAACAUGUUGUCGAAGGGAACAGAGAGAUCUCUACAGACGUUGCAGACCCACUUUCCGGACAUGGAGAUAAUCUCUCUCAGUGGGAAUCUCUGUACUGACAAAAAGCCUGCGGCUAUUAAUUGGAUUGAGGGAAGAGGUAAAAGCGUUGUGUGCGAGGCAAUUGUACCUGCGGACGUCGUGUCGCGCGUACUGAAGACCUCUGUGCACGAACUCGUCAAUUUAAACAACAAGAAGAAUUUAACGGGUUCAGCCUUAGCAGGUACCAUAGGUGGCUUCAAUGCGCAUGCUGCUAAUAUCGUGACCGCGAUUUUUAUCGCCACCGGGCAGGAUCCCGCGCAGAACGUUACCAGCAGUAACUGUUUGACAUUGAUGGAACCGUGGGGCGUUGAUGGCAAUGAUCUGCGUAUAACUUGCACAAUGCCCAGCAUAGAAGUCGGCACGGUGGGCGGUGGUACCGGCCUACCCGCGCAAGGAGCUUGCUUGGCGAUGCUAGGAAUCAAGGGUGCGCAUCCCGCAGAACCUGGCCAGAACGCCAAGAGACUCGCCCGAAUCGUUUGCGCCACUGUACUCGCUGCCGAGCUGUCCUUGAUGGCCGCGUUGGCCUCCGGGGAUUUGGUCAAGAGUCAUUUGAGGCACAACAGAUCAUCUGUCCUAAUUAGUAACCCGGUGACCACUGCUCACAGAAGUAGUAGCAGUAGUCGCGACAAGUUAACGGUGCCAAUCGUUUAGUCAUACUAAAACGUUUGUGUAAACUGCGCUAAAAUCUUAGUGGCUAACAAAUAUUUUCGUCCUUUCCGUAUGAUGAGAGCUGUUGUUUAUAUAUCGUUUCGCGCCUGCCUCAUUAGUGUUCCAAACAGAUCGAGUAUGUUUCUGCUGCGAUGAGAUGUAGGUCGAAUUAUGAUGUGUAUAUUACGCCUAUGUAUAUACGUACAUGGAAAGAGAAGUAUUGCAGUUCUGACGGAAAUGAUAAAAUGUCUCUCCUUAUGGUCCUCUUCAUUGAUUCGUGGACGAAUCAAACCUCGGAUUCGAAGAACAAGCGCGUGCAAAUUAUAGCGAAACAAAGAGAUAAAAUGAGACUUUAUUAUUUAUAUAUUGCAAUACAUGACUGUGAUAUUUAAUAUCCUGAUUAAGAUAAAAUUGAUAUUUCGGAACAAUCAAAAAGUUUAUUAUUUACAUUAAAGCAUCAUAAGGAGAGACAUUUUAUCAUUUCCGUCAGAACUGCAAUACUUCUCUUUCCAUAUACGUAUAUACAUAGGCGUAAUAUACACAUCAUAAUUCGACCUACAUCUCAUCGCAUACAGCAGAAACAUACUCGACUAUCUGUUGUCGACUAUCCGUUGUCGACUAUCCAAACAACAACAGACAAUAAUUAGAUUAUAUUAGAACUUUCAACGCAAUCAUAUCUUGUUUACAUGUUUUUCUUCUCAGUUCCGGAAAAUAUACAAUUAUACAUUCAUUAAUAACAGAUAUCGGAUCAAAGACUAAAGGUAAGAAAGAUAAGAUAAAGGAUUAAGUUUUUGUGAGGAAUUUAAGUAAGGUUUUAUUUUAAUCCAGUAGCGCGCCGUGCGAUAUCAUAAAUAUUUGUUAAACAGUGUUUUCUGAAUGUUAAAACUUUCUUUUUGGACAAGGAUAAAAUAUAUAAAAUUAUGUUAUUUUAAUAUAAGUACAAAAAAUAGCGAAAUAAAUAUAAUACUUUCAGUAUUUCAUAAUUGUACAUAAUAGGCAAUUCUAUCGGUAAUGUAAAGGAGAUAAUUACUUUUUUAACAACAUUCACAUAAUAUUAAUAAACUUGUAAAAAUUUAUGACAGAAAAAUAUAU